AUUUGUAAGCCUUCAAUCACACCGAUUUUAGAAAAAAAGAAAAGAAGACCACUCUGAAAAUUCAUUUCUGACAUGAAGGUGACAUAUGCUGAGUAAAUGGAGGACAUCAAACGCCGGCUCGAGUUUUCAAACCCUGUGGUCCAACUACAGGCUGUUGAGAAACUCUACGAGUCUGUAAGGAAGACAGCGAGUACUGAGAAGCCAUUAGUCUCCUCCCUGCCAGAGACUGUUGAGGGUCAAUUACUGUGGCAAUGCACUGGUUCUCAGGAGCUUGGUAUUGCCCAGCAUGCCAGCAGCAGAUUGGUCCAGCUGGUUCAGGAGGGUGUGGCCGAGUUUAGCUAUGUUCUUAAUGGGUUUCUUAACCAGAUACCAGCAGCCAAGAAUGUGUCUGGGAUUGUCCCCAGUCUCGGUGAACUCCUCGUUAUGCAGUAUAUGCUGAAAACAUCGCUUGCAGAACCAUACAUGUGCCCAUACAAGAUCAGGAAUCCUCCUCACCCGUUCAUCACCAUAGUAACAAACCGUCCAAGUGACUCCUGGCCUCACCUCGUGGAAUAUGUGACAAGGUUGUUCUCUGACAACAGGAAUAGCGUUCCAGAAGGGAUCUUCCAGAUGUUUGAUCCGUUUUUCAAGUUCAUCAUGUUGGACCCAAAGCACCAGCCGGACUUCUCGAGACUUCGCCAGUCCCUACCCAGGGUUCUAGUCAUCGGUGUACAGGACAUGGUGGAUGGACCUGCAAAGAAACAAGGAUUCCAAUACUUGAUGGGCAUUCUUAAGCAUGUGCAGAUGGCCAGCUCAGAUGAGGUUAUGGAAUGUUGCUAUCUGUGUGCUGAUCUUCUACAUCUCUAUGGCAAUAGGAUGGAUGACCUUGACCUUGAACAAGGUCAGGAGGUUGUGAGCCAGGCCUUGAAGCUGUGUUUAACCUGUCAGGGGCUGGGACUGGACUUCUUCAGUUUGCUGCAGGCACUGACCUCCCUCUGCAACAAACACCCCAAGGUUGCACAUUGUGAUUUGAACUGCGGCAUUCUAGGGGAGCUGAUGUUACAGGCGCGCCCUGGGGAUAACAUGCAACUAAUUUCCCUGGUGAAAACAAUUCUGUACUCUGGACAAGAUUCUUUGCCACUAGUUUGCUCUGGUUUCCUGUCAUUGGCUGUGAUCAACAUCCUGGCACUUCCCAGUACAGUUGUUAAUACAUCAUCACAAAAAUUGAUGAUGUCAUCAGCUUCUGAGCUCAUUCAGCUCAUUGAAAAGCACACAUCAAUGGCAAUGAUGGUAAAAGGAAAAAACUCAACUGGCACAAAUAUCAGCAAUGUAUGGGUCAGGAUGGCACAGAAAUUAGCAUACACCGAUGCAUCUGUGUUGAAAAUUUGGCUCCAUAGGCUUCAGAGUCACAUUAAAAUCAUGUCGAAUGUACCGGUCGGGCUGGUAAACCUUCUGGUGUGGACGCUGGUCAGUUACUCGGACACGGAAACCUGCAGGCUGGCAGUACAGGGCUUAUCAGCAGUGGCAAGCAGGGAGCCAGCCAAGUCCUUGUUGGUGCUCCCUGUGAUGCUGUAUGCCCUCGGGAAGAGCACAUGCCCCACCCUACAGCACCACAUCCUCCUAGCACUUCCCAAGCUUGCCUUUAACAAGUACAACGUGCCUCCAAUUCUGAAGACCAUACUGGGACUGGGUGAAUCUCCAAAACUGAAGAGUUUGUCCAUCCGACUGCUCACAGAGUUGUGGACUGUACAGGACAGGUGCUUCCCCACCCUGCUUAAGGUUGUCAUGGAUACCAGGCAGGGCAGUGUUACCAUGGCAACACUGAUUGAUGAUGUCACCCUGGCCAAAGCUCAUGCAAUACGUGAAGUCUGCAAACUCAGACCUGAGCAGCAUGGAGCAGACAUGUUAGGUCCUAUCUCACAAAUGUUAGACUGGUGUACUGAAGAAGGGAGUGCCCCUGCUGCAGCUCUAGUGCUAGAGGCUCUCUAUCACAUUUGUGAGGCUGAGGUAAUAGACAUUGUAUCCACAUGGCAAGUUCUGGAGGAACAACUCACUAGAGAAAAGAGGGGUGUGGUUGUAGAGAAAAUCUGUGGCCUGAUGUCCCUUGUACCUCGUCUGCAGGUCAACACAGAGCAGUUCCAGGUGUUCAUAUCUGAGAUGACAAGGCGACUGUGGCUAUACACACGGUCAGACAAUGUUGGGGUGGUGAAAGCUGCCUACAGUGCCCUAGCCCACUACAGCAGGGAACAUUUCCACUUGUCACACUUCCAGUACCAGGUAGUUGAGGAGUUUGUGGUGCAGGCCCAGGCAAUGUUGGAGCAGGAAAUCAGUUCAGGAGUGACAACUGGCUCCAUUGACACCGUGAUGCCUGAGGUGCCAGGGGUGUGCUACAUCAGACAGCUGCAGCAGCUUACAAACGCUUCAAGUCCAGGUUACAAUGACCUACUUAGUUCCUUGGUGGCAGAGGAGGUGGCAAGCCUACCAAGGGGUAUUUACUUUACAUCACUACGACAACCAGGGGCACUGGCCAACCAGAAUAAAGCCCUUGCUGGGAUCCCAACCUUUAUACAGGCUCAGUAUGAGAAAACAAAACAACUGGGACUUCGACCAAGUCUGGCUGCUGCCUUGCUGUUGUGUUACGACCCACCAGUGGAAGUCGGGAGGGACGGCCGUCCACGGAAACACUACCGCAUGUCCCACGGGAAGAACUUUGAGGCAAUGUUUACGAGCCUGUUACAGGAUGUACAGGUCCAGCCGGCGGACUGGCACCGCACUUUGGGGCUCCCACAGGCCUGGGCGGGGUUCACAGAGAGACUAUUUGCUUCCAUGGUCCAGGCACGUAGGACCGAGGUUGAGGCCCAGCUGAGUCGGGAUUUUAUUGACGUGAAAGAGAGUGAGGAGAAAACUGCUGCUGCUUGGCUCUGGGCAAGGGAUGCAAUCGUGGACAAUAUUAAAAAAGCAACAAAAGGUAAUCCUACAAUACAAUGGAACGCAGUUUUAGCCCUGAGUGGUCUCGCCACUGCCACCCAGCGCUAUGUUACCAGUCUUGACAGAGAGGAACUCAAACGCACCAAUCAGAUCACAGAACACAUAAGCCAUUCCCAUUGGCUAAUGCUAGUGCUGGAUUCUCUUAUGUCAUUGGUGGAUUUUACUUUCACGCCCAAGGCUGGCAUGCUAGGUCUUUGUCAACAGAGAGCAGCAGAUGACAGGUUGCCCGCCAGUGUGCUGGCCCAAGCUUCUGGAGUUCUAGCACUGUGCCAACUGACUCCCAUCAUUAUGGCCAACUACUCGGAGCUGGUGUACACACUACUGGAGCAUUUAACAGGCCGGUUGCCAGGACAACAGGGCGAUGAGGAGUUUCCACCAGUGUUACAACUUAUCCAUGGAUACGGCAUUGGGUUGCUGUUGUCCAGACUUGUACAGGAGAAUUUUCCCGAUGUGGCUGGCUCAAAGGGCGCCAUCGCUGUAAUGACCUCCCUUGACAAACUGGAAGAGAGUUGCUUUUCUGAUGUAGAACAUAGAGCGGGUGCCAUGUUGGGUGUGCGUGAAGUUCUAUGCAGCUUGUGUCAGGAGGGUAAGACCGAUUCCCGUGUCCAUGUGGUUGCUACAUUGAGAAAGCUACAGGCCAACCUGAAAGGCCUUGACCCCUCUCAUGCGAUGUUCCAGCCUGUAUGUGUGGUGUUGUCCAGUGUGACUGGGAGUGCUUUCAUCACCAACACAGUGGAUAUAGAGACUGCUGACACCACCUGUAUGCUCCUCCAAAAUCUUGUACAAAACAACCCAGAGAGUGCUGGUGCAUCACUGGGGCUAGGUACCCUGUGCUACAGUCUCCAAGUGGGAGGCCAUCCAACUGUGGAUCAGACCAAGGCCUCCCUGCAAUCUGAUUGGCUGAAAACUAUUGGUGCUGCAGGUACCUCACCUUUGAGAAAACUGGCUGCUGUCAAUGGACUUCUUGCAUCUGUUGGGCUGGAGAAAGGAUCCUUGAAUGUUGAUUUGAGCUCUACAGAAUCCAAAAUGCAGACAGAUCCCUUCAUUAAAGGUGCCUUUGACCUUCUAACACUUAGUGAUACCAGUGCACCUGGUGACCUCAUUAGUCUCCAGGCAACCACCGUCUGGUUGCUAGGGAACCUGUACAUGUCAUCUUCUGCUGUGUCAUUUAGUUCAAAUACAGCACCAAGCAAUUACAGCUACCUGCCAGAGGCCAGUGUCCUUAGAGCGACUAUUGACUUCCUCAUUGUAGCUGGAAAACAAGGUCCAGAGAAGGUGUCCCCGUCAGAUGUAGAGGUAUGUCUGAAGAGUCUCCAGGAGAAGAUAACUGGCAUAUUACCUCCCUUGAAUUGGAUGGCAGUGCUCUCCCCUCUCAUAAAAUUGCCUUUUGGUGACACAGUCAAGGAGCUCGUUGUAAAAUUAGGUGUACUGGCCUCUCCAUCCUCCACCAUGGCUGCACUGUUUGUGGCCUCCUGGAUUGUACCUCCAUUGUUUGCAACUUUGCCGGUGGGGUGUCAAAACCACCUUUUGGUAUCAGCAGACAGUUAUGUUAAGACUGUGACUCCAUCGGUCCUGAAGACUUUCCUGGAGAAGUCCUGCCUGCCAGCUGUCCAGGAGAGCAUGCUACAGCUGCCUGCCUUGAAGGGACUGAACUCAGCCCUCAAAGUGCCUGACCCUCCUGAGUCUGUGAUUGCCAUGCUCUACCAGGCUGUUGCAAAGACAUUUGGUGUCUUGAAGACUGAAACCAAUCCCUCAGUGUUGAACUGCCUAUCCCUGUGUGUGAGCCAGCUGCCGGACAGCCAGAUUGAUACCCUGACUAGUGGAGACUGUGUAUGUGGGGCGUCCUUGAGGCGUGGAGCUCAUGUGAGGGCAUUCCUUGUUUCACAUGCUCACCAGCCUAUAGCCAUCCUCAACAGCUGUGUGGAUGCCACCUUUGAUAUUGAUUGUGACCGUGGUGCAGUGUUGGCCUUGCUUGCCCACUGUUUCCAUGCCGUGUCCCAGCUUGAGGGGGCCAAGUCACGUCUGCUGAACCAGGUCACAUGGUUACUAGAGCUGAUGGGCCAUAGCUACAACAUGUCUGCACAGACGUACCAGAUGUCUGACAGAAUUGCAGACAAGAGCCGGGUUGUGAGUUUUGCAGUAAAUGUGUUUGCUGCAGCAGUGUGUACAUGGACAGAACGGUCAACAGGUGCCAAACUUGGUCUCACCUCUGACCUUUUUGAUCACUUUGACCUUUCUGAUGAUGUCAUCAAGCCCAGUUCUGAUUUGUCAGAUUUUACCAUGCCUCUUGACUGUCUCCCACAUUGCAUUGUAAAUUUGAGGAAGGAGCCAUGGGUUCAGAUACUGCCAAAGGUUAUAGACUGGCUGAUGAACAUGAUGGAGGUCAGAGAGGAGAUGCUCACAUCUGCUGUCAAAUUCAAGCUUAAAGACUGUCUGUCCAGCCUGAGGCACAGUGAGGACUUCCAGAAGAUUGCUGUGUGGACAAAGGCUGUUCAAUAUGCUGAUUAAUGUUUUAAAACUUUGCUUAGAGACAUACAAUAUUGCUGUAUUAAAAGUUCUAAUUAUGGACAAGAUGAGGAAUUAAUGUUAUGACUGAGGGCCAUCCACAUUGAGGAAUACCAGAAGAUUGAAGUAUGGAUGAUGACCUUUCAAUUUGUUUUGUAAUGUAACAGUUUAGUUCCAUCAAACAUCAGUGAAAUAAAAUUAUGGUUUAUGAACUGGCAAAUAUGUUAUAGUAGUGUUGAAUUGCAAUUAACAUUGGCACAUAAUGUCUUACAGCAUGGCAUUAUUUUUUCUGUAUGAUUAAAUGAAAUAAAUAUUCAAUGCAGUAAAAAGAA